UGGGAAGCCAUGAUGGAAGUUUGAGAGUUUAACAGAGGAGAAGUGAAUGAAAAGGACUGGACUGGAGACCGCCCCUACGCGACAUUUAAAAAAAUCGAGUUUUUAAUUUCUUGGUGGAGGCUGUCACCUUUCAUAUAUGUGUUGGGACCUGAGCAUCGUGGAUUGUUGUAUGUUCGAUGGCUUUUAUUUUUUAAGGAUGUGUAGACGAGCUAGUGCGCUAGCCGUUGAAGCUAGCGGCUAGACGGAGCGCGAGCUGAGUGCGAGCGGGGUUCUGACAACCGUGAAGCGCCCGGAGAGGAUCCUCUCUCCGUCUUUGCGCUCAAUCACGGCGGCUACGGUGCGACCAGAGACUUGUCGUGCUCUAGAAAUUCUGCAAUUCGAGACGUGGGAAGUUGCUUAUUGUUUCACCCGGGGCUCGUCUGAGCCGAGGAGGGCAUUUUGGAAGCCGGGCCUGUGGUGGUUUGGAGCGAGGCCCUUGAUGAGAGAGCCACAGCAGACUCCAUUCUAGCUAGCAGGGGGACUGCGAAACCAGCAGAUCGUAAAGACGACGUAUCGUCGGAAAGCAACAAUACUCCCUCUCACACUAAAAACCUUAAAGACUCCUUUCACAGCAAUGGCUGCGAUCAUAAAGGAAUUUGUGAGUCGAAACAAAAGGAGAUACCAGGAAGAUGGGUUCGACUUGGACCUUACAUAUAUAUACCCCAAUAUUAUAGCUAUGGGUUUUCCGGCUGAAAGACUUGAGGGUGUCUACAGGAAUAAUAUUGACGACGUCGUAAGAUUCUUGGACUCGAAGCAUAAAAAUUAUUACAAGAUAUAUAAUCUAUGUGCAGAAAGACAUUAUGAUACUGCCAAAUUUAACUGCAGAGUUGCACAGUAUCCAUUUGAAGACCACAAUCCUCCUCAGCUAGAGCUUAUUAAGCCUUUCUGUGAAGAUCUGGAUAAGUGGCUCAGUGAAAAUGACAAUCAUGUGGCUGCCAUUCACUGCAAAGCUGGAAAGGGACGUACGGGUGUCAUGAUUUGUGCGUACUUGUUACACCGUGGCAAAUUCAAAAAAGCACAAGAGGCUCUGGACUUCUAUGGUGAAGUUAGAACCAGAGACAAGAAGGGAGUGACUAUUCCCAGUCAGAGGCGAUAUGUGUACUACUAUAGCUACCUUCUGAAGAAUAAGCUCGAGUACAAACCUGUGGCCUUGCUCUUUCACAAGAUGGUGUUUGAGACAGUGCCUAUGUUCAGUGGAGGGACCUGCAGGGAUUCUGCUGUAAAAAGCAAGAGUGAGCAGAUUCCACAUGGGUUCAGAAAAACCAAUUGGCAUUGGGAUCCUCAGUUUGUGGUGUACCAGCUGAAGGUGAAAAUCCACACCUCCAACCCAGUGCACACAAGGCGAGAGGAGAAAUACAUGUACUUUGAGUUUCCGCAGCCGCUGCCUGUGUGUGGAGACAUCAAGGUGGAGUUCUUCCACAAGCAGAACAAGAUGAUGAAAAAGGACAAGAUGUUUCACUUCUGGGUGAACACCUUCUUCAUCCCUGGACCAGAGGAGAGCUCAGAGAAGGUUGAAAACGGAGGUUUAGUGAAGGAACUGGAUGCAAUCCAAACAACAGAACGGGGAGAGAAUGACAAGGAUUAUCUAAUCCUGACUUUAACCAAGAACGACUUGGAUAAAGCCAAUAAGGAUAAAGCCAACCGAUACUUCUCUCCAAACUUCAAGGUGAAGCUGUACUUCACGAAAACAGUGGAGGAACCAUCCAACUCGGAGGCCAGCACUUCUACAUCUGUAACCCCAGAUGUUAGCGAUAAUGAACCGGACCAUUACCGGUAUUCGGACACAACAGACUCGGACCCUGAAAAUGAACAGUAUGAUGAAGAACAGAUUACUAAAGUUUGAAAUAUUUUUAUGGGAAGAAAAAAAGAAACCAUACGUAAUAGAGUUGUAUAAAGGAGAAAACUUGAAUAUGAACUGAAAGCAAGUACUUUUUUUUUUUUUACCGCCCUUCCCCCCC